AUGUUCCCAAAGGCAGCUCUGCUUCUGGGGCUCGCUGUCGUGGGCAUUCACGUCCGGACCAUUCAAAAGGAAUUUGUAGACAUUAGUAAGGACCACGAUUAUUUUGCGGUGUCUGUGGAGUUCGCUGUGGCUUGGUUCAACAGGGCCCAUGAGGAGGAACACGCCUACAAGCUGCUGGAGGUCAGGCGAGCCCAGCAAAAGAACUGGACAAUGAUAUAUUUAAUGGACCUGGAGCUGGGCCGCACAAUUUGUAAAAAAUACGACCAAGACAUUGACAACUGCCCCUUGCAAGAAGGCCCGGAAGAGAAAAAGGUGAGCUGCACUUUCAUUGUGGACUCACGGCCAUGGUUUACCCAGUUCACCCUCCUGAACAGCACCUGCCAGCAGAAAUGGGGGGAGGAGUUCCCGGCUCCCACAGCAGCUCCUUUUCUCCUGAAGAAUGAGAGUCUGGAGUCCUAG